AUACGCCCAAUAAGAAUAUAUCAUAUUAUCAUAAACGUUAGAUGACAAUACUCGAAAGGAUAUCUUCUAAAAACGUUGCUGUCAACGUGAAUAUUGGAAUGCGGACAUAUUUGAUGCAAGUCAUUGCAAAUAUUGGACUACUGUAGUUAAUUUCGAUACUGAGUCACGUGGUUAUCGUCGUCUGCGUUCGACAACAUGGCUGCGCCCAUACUCAGAGAAGCCGAGCUUGACAUAGGCAUGUCUUUAAAAAAGGCUGUUUCAACCGUUUCACCUCUUGCUCUCCGAAUCCUAGCAGAAUGUCCAGUAACCAAAGCACGGGCUUGUGAUCUCACACUUCCUCACUGUACGGUCAACACACCGGUGUUCAUGCCUGUGGGUACACAAGGCACCAUGAAGGGAAUCACUGUAGAUCAGCUUGAUGAACUUGGGUGUCAGAUUUGUCUUGGUAACACAUACCAUUUGGGAAUGAGGCCGGGGCCAGAGCUGAUUGAGAAAGCAAAUGGCCUGCAUGGCUUCAUGAACUGGAAGAGAAACCUUUUGACUGAUAGUGGGGGCUUUCAAAUGGUUUCUCUUGUUGAACUUUCUGAAGUUACUGAAGAGGGGGUCAAGUUCAAGUCUCCAUAUGAUGGCAAGGAAAUCCUGCUGAGUCCUGAGCAGUCCAUUGCCAUACAAAACAGUCUGGGAUCUGACAUCAUGAUGCAGUUGGAUGACGUGGUCAGCAGUACAGUGUCAGGGCCACGGGUGGAGGAAGCUAUGUGGCGAUCGAUUCGCUGGCUGGACCGCUGCAUUGGAGCCAAUAAGAAUCCAGACAGACAGAACCUAUUUGCCAUCAUCCAGGGUGGGCUGAGCGCAGAGCUACGCAAGACAUGUUUAGACGAAAUGACAAAACGGGAUGUUCCUGGCUUUGCUAUUGGUGGGCUGAGCGGAGGUGAGGAAAAGGAUGAUUUCUGGAGGAUGGUGACACUCAGCACAGACCAUUUGCCUCGCCAGAAGCCUCGCUACCUCAUGGGGGUUGGUUAUGCAGUGGACUUGGUGGUGUGUGUUGCACUGGGUUGUGACAUGUUUGACUGUGUCUUCCCCACUCGCACUGCAAGGUUUGGCUCGGCCCUGGUCCCGUGGGGAUCUCUGACGAUUACCAAGAAGCAGUUUGCCAAGGACCCACAGCCAAUUGACCCAGACUGCCAAUGCCCCACCUGCUUGAGGCACAGUCGGGCCUAUCUGCAUGCUCUGUUCAAGAGUGACACUGCAGCCAUGCAUCACAUCACCAUCCACAACAUAUCCUACCAGCUCACUCUGAUGAGGUCGGUGAGACAGAGCAUCAUAGAUGGCUGCUUCCCAGACUUUGUGAGGACAUUCAUGAAGAGAAUGUUCCCUUCACCUGAGCAGUACCCCAGCUGGGCGGUGGAUGCUCUGGCAACGGUCAGCAUCACGCUGGAAUAAACUGUUCAAAUCCCUGCCUUACACAGACUUGGACUUCCUUUGCAAUGAACAAUGAGACCUUUUAUAUGAGAAAAUUGACCAUUUGUUAGAAUUUAUUAUAGCUUUUUGACAUUUAUUCCUCAAAUGGUCAAUUGUCCCUUCCUAUAUAUUCUGUCAGCCUACUUACUGAACAGUUUAAUAAUGUUUAUGUGCUUGAAUAUUUCUUACUGUUUUAAUAUUUAGUUCAGUUGUUUUUUACAUUAGUUAUUUAAAAGAAAAGCAUUUAUAAAAUGUAAUGUUGUUAAGGUACAAUGUAGGGUAUGUACUCCGUAUACUUUGUUGACAUCCAGUGUUCACUGCUGACCAUUUCGGUAUACAAAUAUAGAAGUGUAUGA